GUUGUACAAUUGGAGGGGGAAAAAAUCAACUUCAUUCGUGCACGAAAAAUUUUGAAUUAUUCGAGUUUUGUUCGUCACAUUGCAAAGACGUGUUCAAAGCUAAUUUUCUGAAUUAAAUUAUUUUCAUUAAAGUUUGUGGAAAAAGAUUCUAAAAACCAAUCAAAAUGCGUGAAUGUAUCUCAGUUCAUGUUGGUCAAGCUGGUGUCCAAAUCGGUAACGCUUGCUGGGAAUUGUACUGUCUCGAGCAUGGAAUCCAGCCAGAUGGUCAAAUGCCAAGUGACAAGACCAUCGGAGGUGGUGAUGACUCAUUCAACACUUUCUUCAGUGAAACCGGUGCUGGAAAGCAUGUUCCCCGAUUCUUGAUUUUCCACUCAUUCGGUGGUGGUACCGGUUCCGGUUUCACUUCACUUUUGAUGGAACGUUUGUCAGUUGAUUAUGGCAAGAAAUCAAAAUUGGAAUUCGCUAUCUAUCCAGCACCUCAAGUUUCAACUGCUGUUGUUGAACCAUACAACUCAAUCUUGACCACCCAUACCACCUUGGAACAUUCCGAUUGUGCUUUCAUGGUUGACAACGAAGCCAUUUAUGACAUCUGUCGUCGCAACUUGGACAUUGAACGACCAACUUACACCAAUUUGAAUCGUUUGAUUGGACAAAUUGUGUCAUCCAUCACUGCCUCACUUCGUUUCGAUGGUGCAUUGAACGUUGAUUUGACUGAAUUCCAAACUAAUUUGGUCCCAUAUCCACGUAUUCAUUUCCCAUUGGUCACUUAUGCACCAGUCAUCUCAGCUGAAAAAGCUUACCAUGAACAACUCAGUGUUGCUGAAAUCACCAACGCAUGCUUUGAACCAGCCAACCAGAUGGUCAAGUGCGAUCCACGUCAUGGAAAGUACAUGGCAUGUUGCAUGUUGUAUCGUGGUGAUGUCGUUCCAAAGGACGUCAAUGCUGCUAUUGCUACCAUCAAGACCAAGCGUACAAUCCAAUUCGUCGAUUGGUGUCCAACUGGAUUCAAAGUUGGUAUCAACUACCAACCACCAACAGUCGUCCCAGGCGGUGACUUGGCCAAGGUUCAACGUGCUGUCUGCAUGUUGUCCAACACCACAGCCAUUGCUGAAGCAUGGGCUCGUUUGGAUCAUAAGUUCGAUCUUAUGUACGCUAAACGUGCUUUCGUUCACUGGUACGUUGGUGAAGGUAUGGAAGAAGGAGAAUUCUCUGAAGCUCGCGAAGAUUUGGCAGCUUUGGAGAAGGAUUACGAAGAAGUUGGUAUGGACUCAGGAGAAGGUGAAGGCGAAGGUGCUGAAGAAUAUUAA